AUGGGUAAUGGACCGGCGAGACCUGAGAACUAUGGCGAGCGCAAGCCCACCCAUUUGUGCGGCGAAUGGACGUCGCCGCACGGUCAGAGAAUCGAGCUGAGAUUGGGCGACAUCACCAUGGAGGACACAACGGCCAUCGUCAACGCCGCCAACAGUCGGCUCAUGCACGGCUCAGGCGUCGCGGGCGCAAUCAGCAAACGAGGAGGCCCCAUGAUUCAAGACGAAAGUGAUAGCAUAAUCAAGAGGAGGAAGGAAGUGCCCACGGGCGAGGCGGUGUUCACCAAGGGCUACUGGUUGUGGGCGCCCUACGUCAUUCAUACAGUAGGCCCCACCUGGGCCGGAGGCAAAAAGGGCGAGCCCGAGGAGCUGGUGUCGGCGGUGAAGAGCAGCCUCAUCAUCGCCGAGAAGAAGAGAUGGAACUCCAUCGCGAUACCGGCCAUUAGCUCGGGCAUCUUCGGCUUCCCCAAGACCCUGUGCGCUGAGCUGAUGUUCAAGACGGUCAUGGAGUGGUUCGACGAGAACCCCAAGAGCCGGCUGCGUCUCGUGCGCUUCACCAACUUUGACAAGCCCACCGUUAUCGUGUUCCAGAAGCAGUACGAGAAGGUGGUGGGGCCGCUCGACGAAAGCCUGGUGGUGGUCGAUGACCCACCGCCGAAGAAGAAGCCGCAGGCCCGCAAGCCGGCCGCCAAGGUCGAAGAGUCGUCCUCUUCCAGUGAUGAAGACGAAGAGGAGGAGACCGGGGACAAGGGCAAGGGCAAGGGCAAGAAGCCGCAAAAGAAGGGCGACUCCUCGGACGAAGGCGAAGAAGAAGAGGAGCGAGAGGAACCCGCCAAGAAGAAGAAGGACGACGAAAAGCCGGAGGAGACCGCUGCUGCCGUACCGGCGGCGUCCAAGAAGGAGAGCUCCGGUGGUGAAGAAGACGAGAGUGAGUCGUCGAGCAGCAGCGGUGAGGAAGACGCAUAA